CUUAGGGGUUUUCCCAACCGAGUUUUCUUUUGCUUUGCCUUCAGUAGAUUUUGGAUAAAGUAUUCAAGUAAAAAUGAUUCAACUUCCUCUGCAGGCGACUGGGAUAGCGGUCCUGCUGUUAAUCCUGUCCACUUCAGAUCACAUAGAUGGCUUCAAGUUUAUCCUGCUGCACACCAACGAUAUGCAGGCGAGGUACGAUCAGGUUUCCGCUAAAGGAGGUAAAUGUAAGUUGAUAGACGAAAAACUGGGUCAGUGCUACGGAGGAUUUGGACGGCUGGCCACGGCGUUGGAUAAAUACAGAAAAGAGGAAAGCGAUCCAGUGCUUUACCUGAAUGGCGGCGAUACAUUCCAUGGAACCCCCUGGUACGCGGUCUAUCAGGGCAAGAUGGUGGCCCGAAUGCUGAAUAUGCUGGCUCCCGAUGCCAUGACCCUAGGAGUCCAUGAGUUCGACGAUGGGACCGAUGUUCUAGCGGAAUUCAUAAGCCUGAUUAACUUUCCCAUGGUCAGCUGUAACUUGAAAUUGAUCGACGAGCCCAAGUUGGAGGCUAGUGAAAACCUGAGGAACUUCACGAUCAUCAAGAAGGGCGGUCGAAGUAUUGGCAUUGUGGGUUACAUCCAUGCGGAAACCAAGCAGCGCACGCAGCCCAAUCACAUUGAAUUUGUAAAUGAGAUUCCAGAGAUUAACAAGUAUGCCAUGAAGCUGAGGGAGCUCGGCGUCAACAUUAUUAUUGCCCUGGGGCAUGCGGGCUAUAAGAAGGAUAUAGAAAUAGCCAAAAUGUGUCCGGAAGUGGAUGUCGUGGUCGGGGGCCAGUCGCACACGUUACUGUAUACGGGUCGUGCUCCUGGCAAGGACAUACCCGAAGGUCCUUAUCCCACAAUAGUAGUCAAGCCGGAUGGCAGGAAGGUGCCGGUGGUGCAGGCCUAUGCCUAUACCAAGUAUCUGGGCAGGAUGUCUCUGGAAUUCGAUAGAGCUGGCAACCUACUGAAUUUCAAGGGUCAACCCAUCCUGUUGGACAAUAGCUUUGAGCCCAAGAGCGAUAUCGAGGCGUUUCUGGACAGUUAUCGCCAGGUCAUCGAUGACAUGGAGCGCCAUGUGGUGGGCACCACCUCGGUGUUUCUGAAUGGAGAUCGCAAGAGCUGCGGUUUUGGGGAGUGCAACUUUGGUAACAUGAUUGCGGAUAGCUUCGUCUAUGCUGGAGUACAGGAAACUCUGCAGGAUCGGGGCUCUUGGACAGAUGCUCCCAUAGGUAUCAUCAAUGCGGGCGCCAUCAGGGCAUCCAUUGACCCAGGGGUCAUCACGGAGGGGGAUGUGAUCACUGUAAUGCCCUUUAGCAACGGCAUAUUUCACACCCGGAUCAGUGGCCUCCAGUUGAUGAAUGCCCUGGAACAUUCCGCCUAUUUGCGGACCAAGAACCAGAACAAUGGCUUCCUUCAGGUGUCCGGGCUGCGAAUAAAGUUCAACUAUAGCCGACCCAUGGGCCAGCGCAUCACGGAGUUCAAGGCUCUGUGCUCCGACUGCCAGAUUCCGCAUUAUGAGAGGGUCAAAACGGAUGAGUACUACGGCGUGGUGAUCCCCUCCUUUCUGCUGAAUGGCGGCGAAGGCUAUAACUUUGUCGAUAAGCAUAAUCCGGAGGUUCGUAACAUGUCCCUGCUGGACCGGAUGGCCUUUAUUCGGUACCUACAGGAGCACAAGAUCGUCUAUCCGGAGCGGCAGGAGCGCAUGGCGGAGCAGGAGAGGUACCUAAGGUCCAAUGGCUCCACUACCUCAAUACCGCUGCUCUACCCCGUUGCCUUCCUUUUGCUUUUUCACUGUUUUUCAUUUGUUAAGUAA